UUGUUUUUAAUUAACAUAAAAUGAAUGACGAUGACAAAAUGAUUGAAGACGAACCUUUAACGUUGGGUCAGCCAUUGAGUGAUUUUCUUUUGCAGUUGGAGGAUUACACACCCACAAUUCCAGAUGCAGUAACAGCUUACUAUUUACGGGCCUCAGGUUUUGAACCAAGAGAUCCUAGACUGGUGCGAUUAAUAUCAAUAGCUGCACAAAAGUUUAUAUCUGAUAUUGCCAAUGAUGCACUUCAACACUGUAAAAUGAGGUCCACUAAUUCUUCAAGUCAUAGUAGUUCAAAGAGUAAACAGGGCACAAAGGACAGGAGGUACUGCCUUACAAUGGAGGAUUUAACACCAGCUUUGGCAGAGUUUGGUAUUACAAUAAAAAAACCGCACUACUAUGUUUGAAAUCGUGUUUAUCUUUAUGUGGAUUCAAUAAUUUAAAAUAUAGUGUUAUUAACUGACUCAAACUAAUUUGUUGGAAAGUAAAUAUAUUUGGAUUAUGAAUA